UCUCGUGGCCUACGUACGGGUCUAGUGUGAGCUUAUUGGCUCGCACGCUGGCAAGCAGUGCUAAAAAUAACUCCCGCGGUCGGCGUGGGAAGCGGAAAUCGGAAAUAAUAACGGCCCUGACGGUGGAGGUGCGUUCGUUUUCGCGGAAGGAUUUUAGGUUCGUAACGUCGUCCAGUCAGAUGCGAGCGCGAGAGCCGUUGUGGGCGUGAGCGUUAAACGCGCAACCCGCAGAGCUGGCUGCCGCUUCGGACGGGGCUGAUGUCAUGGUGUUGGUGCGGACAUGACCUACCUAGGUUGGCUAUGGGAGCUGGCUGCUUACAGUACCUUAUCCGUUCGUUCCAAUGUCUUCAGUUGUUGUUUGUUUAUUUGCGUACAGUGCUGUACAGUACGGUACGGCACCUAGCAAAGAAAGCCAUGGCGAUGUUCAUCCAUUCUGGCCUCUUAGCUCGUAGAUAUUUGCAUAUAAUUCCAUUCAAAUUUACAUUACCAAGCAAGCAACCGCAACAGCAAAGACAAGAUGUUCAUUCCCCCCCCUCUCCCCACCCAACCCCAUCCAUCCGUACCGUACCGAACCCGAAAUUUUGCUACCUAUCAACAUAUGUGCAAGAAGGGUUAAACAAAAAGAAACAUACACCUACAAAGCACCUUCUUCCCUUCCUCCUCCUUUUUCCCCCAUUCCCGUCCGCUGAUGACAAUGACGAUGAUGGAGACGAUGAUAUCAGUAAACAGUAAACAAAAGAAAACGCUUGCCCAAACCCCAAAACACAAUAAACUAAAAACAGCACUAGCAAUGACAAUAAGGAAACAAGCAAGCAAGUCUAAACGAGGGUAUCAAAUCGCUAAAGGCGCGUCAAAAGGCGUUAGCCCGGGGGUGGU